AUGCCAUCCUCGGCCCCGCUCAGGGUGGCCGUGGUCUGCAUGAGCAACAUGAACAGGAGCAUGGAGGCCCACAGCAUCCUCAGCAAGAAAGGCUUCCGCGUCAGGUCCUUCGGAGCGGGCUCCGUGGUGAGGCUCCCGGGACCCGCCCGCGACCGCCACCGCCCGGUGCUCUACAGCUUCUGCACCCCUUACCGGCAGAUGCGCAGGGACCUCGCGUGGCGAGACCCAGACUGCUAUCGGAGGAACGGCAUCUUACAUCUGCUGGGGAGAAACGAGCGCAUCAAGCCAUGCCCGGAGAGGUUUCAGGACUGCAGAGAAGCCUUCGAUGUCAUCUUCACGUGUGAGGAGAGCGUCUACGACAGGGUGGUGGGCCACCUGUGUGCCCGGGAACAGGAGACGUGCCAGCCCGUGCACGUGAUCAACGUGGACAUGCAGGACGACCUGGAGGACGCCACGCUGGGGUCGCUGGUCAUCUGUGAGCUGUGCCAGCGCCUCCAGGAGGCGGAGGACAUGGAAGACUGCCUGGCCGAGCUGCUCCUUGGGGUGGAGCGGAAAACCGGCAGGAGCUUUCUCCACACCGUCUGCUUCUACUGA